AAAAGUGUAUCGUGGAUAUGGAUUUCUCUUGUAUUAUGUUAUAUACGUUUUUUAUUCGUCACUUUUCGUUAAAUAACAAUGUUGCACGAGAAAGGAGAAUAUAAUCGAAUUGGAAACAAAAUUGGCUCUUUUCUGGAAUAAAAGAAAAGAAAGAAAAAUGAUACUUGCGUAAGAGAGAGAGAGGCUGGKUUCUUCUCACUACUUGUCGUACACACCCGGUUUUGUUUUUUCUUUAUUUCGAUAGCCCACCGCCACCACCACGGUCGUCUCUUUCGCUUUUUCGAGGGUUCGUCCAUUUCGUGUAUAAAAGCGAGAAUCUUCUCGGUUGAAUUCAUCAGUCGAAAACGCAUCGAAUCCUCAACAUGAACUCAAAGGUGUUUGCCCUUUUGUCCCUUGUGGCAUUAACUACAGCUGAAGUAACUUUGAACAAAGAUACGAAAAAAGAUAAACGAGGACUGUUUGAAUUUGGUUAUGGUUUAGGAUACUCGUCUCAGUACCCAUCAUCAAUUGGUAUUAGCCAUGGAGUGUCAACUGUCGUGACGAAAGAAGUUGCAGUACCAGUUCCGCACCCGGUCCCUGUAACUGUCGAGAAACAUGUCCCGGUUCCAGUCAAGGUGCCGUAUGCAGUACCGGUAGAUAGGCCGUACCCUGUACAUGUACCAAAGCCUUACCCAGUCGAAGUAACAAAGCAUGUUCCUGUUCCGGUUGACCGUCCUGUUCCAGUUCCAGUAAGUGUCCCGGUCAAGGUCCCAGUGCCAGCCCCAUACAUAGUCAAGGUACCUCAACCCUAUGGAGUCUAUGUUUCCUCCGACUUUUCUUAUGGUGGUCAUUCUUCUUGGUAA